AUGCCUAAUAUACAUCACCCGAACCCAAUGCACUGCCCACACGAGGAAUCAUCCGAUGCCGAGAAGGAAGCGUUCUACACAAAGCUGGAGGAGAAGUUCGACAGCUGCCCGCAUAGGAAGGGAGGAGAUGUACCAGCCGGUGAUCGGGCCGAACAGCCUGCACACACCGUCACGAACGAACGGCCAGCGGUUCAUCAGCGGUGCGCAGCCUCCCGCGGUAUGGUGGUACGGAGCACGUUCUUCCCCCGGAAAGACAUCCACAAAGUGACCUGGACAUCACCUAACCAACGAACGGAAACACAAAUCGACCACGUCUUUAUCGAUGGCCGAUUCUAUUCGGACAUACGAAAUAUCUGCACUUAUCGCGGUGCGGACAUCCACUCGGUGGGUGCAAGCAUGCACUCAAAACUGUCGACAACGUACUACCGACUUCGGAGCCGGCUCCCACCGCCGUUCAACACCGAGCGGCUGCAGAACACUGCUGUGGCUCAGCAUUACGUGCAGUAG